UGACGUCAACACAAAAUGUAGUUGUAGUUGGACCGUGUGAUUGAUCCAUCCAAUCAGUCCUCGUCGUUUUCCUGUCCUUCUCUUUUCUUUUUUUUUUUUCUUUUUUUUUUUUGUUCCUGUCCUGGUUCACUGGACAUGACAAUCGCCUUUGGCCUUUUCUGCGCCAUGAUACCCUCUCCUGUGGUGGUCCCAUUGUUGGUGAGGUUCGUGAAGAUGGCCAGGCCUGGGGCGAUGGUGGAAGAGGUGACGAUACCUGCUCGAUUCUUAGCGGCGAUGGCGCACCUGCUGACAGUCUUGACGCUCUUAUUCGACGUGGAGAAUGUCGUGAAGCGGGCGCUAGAUGUCGACCAUACCAACUCACAGUACAACAAAGGAAAAACAGACAUUGUGGUCCUGUCCACCUUCUCGAUUGUGUGUUUUUUUGUGGAGGUGAUCACAACAUUCAGCGGGAUUACAUUGUUCCUUCACAAAGUGAACUGCUUGAACAUCUUGCUUCAUUUCUGGGGAGCGACUCUGACAAUUCUAUUCUUAUUUCAGAAGUGGAGUCUCAGCACCUUUGGAGUAAUCUUUGGGUUUUGCAGGGUUAAUUGAGCCAAACUGAGUCAACUGUUGGAUAAGGCAAACUGAGUCAACCAAAUUGAGUCCAACUGAGUCAACCACGUUCAGUCAAACUGAGUCAACCGAGUUCUGUCGAUACAAGUCAACCAAAUUGAGUCAAUUGAAGCCAGAAAACUGAGUCAACCAGUGGUUGACUCAAAUUGAAUCAACCAAGUUGAGUCAGUUGAGCCAAACUGAGUUAACCAUGCCAAGGUGAGCCCACUGAGUCAACCAAGCUAAGUAAACUACUGCAUGAGACUGCACUAAAAAAAUUGACAAUUUGAUAACUAGAAAGUUAGUAAAAGUUGCUUAAAAGU